CCGGCAAAGAUUUGGAUAAAUUAAUAUCCUCAUUGAUUUGGUCUUCUGAUAAUAAUCUUCCUAUUAUAAUAUUCUGCUCCGAAUAUCCUGAUUGGUUUCAACUCCCUGUCACCCCUAUAACUCUAUAAGGCUAUAAUAUACUCGUAAUUAUUUUAUGUACAGUACAUCUAAUUUAUCCAUAUAAUUAGAUAUAUACCCACCAAAAAUUACACAAUUUUCUCAAAAUUCCUUGGUAUUUAUUAAUUCUAGGGGAGGUUUAUUGUCAUCCACAAAGCCCUCGAGAAUUACUCGUUCAUCAGCUAAUUUUCUGGCUUUUUGUCUCUGAUUUAUUCAGUUGUUUUGCUUUCAGUUUAAUUUAGGGAGAAUAAAAUGGAAUCAAAGAGCAAUGAAGGGGAUGAAAGUGUCAUUCCAGUGGCAGAGAAUUCUUCUGAUAAGCCUGCUGAACAAGCAAAAGGCGAUCAGAAGCGUUCUCUUUCGAAUUUGACGGAUUCGGGGAAUUUGAGUACAAAAAACAUGAUGUUUAGGGCUGAUAUGAUUGAUUUCAAGAAUUGGGAUAUUCAUUUGGAGAAACGUUUGAGUCGGGUUUUUUCUGGAGAUGGUGUUAAACUCACAAGAAAUUUAGGAGAAAACGAUCGAGAUCUUAAUGCCACCAAGAAAGAAGAUUGGGAAAUUGACUUGGCAAAACUCGAUUUGAAGCACAAUAUUGCCCAUGGCACAUAUGGUUCUGUUUACAAGGCUGUUUAUGAUGGAAGGGAUGUUGCAGUGAAAGUUUUGGAUUGGGGGGAAGAUGGUAUGGCCACAGAGGCUGAAACUGCGGCUCUUCGGUCCUCAUUUCGGCAAGAAGUUGCUGUUUGGCAUAAACUUGACCAUCCCAAUGUUACAAAGUUCAUUGGAGCUUCAAUGGGAACUUCAAAUCUUUUAAUUCCUACCAAUAGUGGCAAUUUGGGCAACUCUCUUCCUUCUAGGGCAUGUUGUGUUAUUGUUGAGUAUCUUGCCGGAGGAACACUGAAGAACUAUUUGAUUAGAAAUAGGAAGAGAAAACUUGCUAUCAAAGUUGUAAUUCGACUCGCUUUAGAUCUUUCUAGAGGAUUAAGUUACCUUCACUCUAGAAAGAUUGUACAUCGUGAUGUUAAAACUGAAAAUAUGCUAUUAGAUACUAGUGGUACAUUGAAAAUCGCAGACUUUGGUGUUGCUCGAGUUGAGGCACAAAACCCACGUGACAUGACUGGAGAAACUGGUACACUGGGAUAUAUGGCACCAGAGGUUUUUGAUGGUAAGCCUUACAACAGAAAGUGUGAUGUAUAUAGUUUUGGAAUAUGCUUGUGGGAGAUUUAUUGUUGUGAUAUGCCUUAUCAUGAUUUGAGUUUUGCGGAUGUCUCUUCUGCGGUUGUUAUAGAGGGUACGCGUCCUGAUAUACCAAGGUGUUGUCCACCUUCAUUAGUGAGUAUCAUGCGCAAAUGUUGGGAUCGCGAACCAAACAAACGCCCUGACAUGGAUGAAGUAGUGAGGCUAUUGGAAGCUUUUGAUACAACCAAAGGCGGUGGGAUGAUACCUGACGAUCAAGUUGUUCAAAGUUGCUUUUGUUUUGGCCCUAGUCGUGGCCCGUAGCUCUCAUGUCUGAUCAAUCGGUUCUCGUGCCCAUCCAUUCUGUCUCGGGCUAAAAUGUUUGUAGGUUGUGCAGAUUUUGCAAUGAGUCAAAACUUCGCCCAAAGUUUUUAUUUCGACAUAUAUAGGAGACAAUUUUAGAAUAUGAAGGAUUUUAACAAAUUUUGUCCAAUCUUUUAUCAAUGGAAUGUGCUUAAUUUUUUUAUUGUAAAAGAGGUUUAUGUAUAUAAUUUAUGAUUUUUUAUUUUAUUUUAUUUUAUGGUUGCAUGAUAUGUAUGGAGAUUUUCAAAUGUAAUUACAUAGUGUGGAUGAUGUUUCACUAAAGAGACAAGAAUAAUAUUUGUGGAAUGCUUUUUUUUU